AUGGGUCAAACACCAUCUCAAUUUAUGGAGGACAUGCAAAAGCGGUCCAACUUCACGCAACCCGAACUUGAAAGGCUGAAAAAGCGGUUCAUGAAGCUGGAUAGUGAUGGCUCAGGAUCAAUAGACCGUCAAGAAUUCCUCCAGAUACCCCAGAUUGCGACAAACCCACUAGCGUCUAGAAUGAUUGCUAUCUUCGAUGAGGAUGGUGGAGGAACGGUGGAUUUCCAGGAGUUCGUAGGAGGCCUUAGCGCAUUCAGCAGCAGAGGUGGUAGAGAUGAGAAGCUUAAGUUUGCUUUCAAGGUGUAUGAUGUUGAUCGGGAUGGUUACAUCUCCAACGGCGAGCUCUUCCUUGUCUUGAAGAUGAUGGUGGGAAAUAAUUUGAAAGAUCGGGAGCUGCAACAGAUAGUGGACAAGACAAUAAUGGAGGCUGAUCAGGACGGCGACGGUAAACUCAACUUCGAGGAGUUCGCACUGAUGGUGUCAAACACGGAUAUCGUGAAACAAAUGACGCUAGAGGAUCUUUUCUAG